AUGAGAACUCUCCACACCCCACGCUGGCUUUCUCACCACCCUCACCCCCCUUCCCCAAUUUGCUGGGAAUACGGAUCCGAGCCUGCCAUAUUGUUGCGCAGCCCUCCUUCACUAGGUCUUAUCACAGUCUCUCUCUUGCCCCGUAAGAUCCGUUUGCCCUCUCCCUGGUUCAAUAUUUCACUCGACUCUUGCCACCCCAUUCCCCGUCUCUCUCCUGCCUCUCUCUGGUUCGCAUAUUUCACUCGACCCCUGCCACCCCAUCUGGGCCAAAGUUAUUGGCCCUACCCUGCGUCUGGGUGA